CAGGUUAUGUUGUAGUACCUCUUUGUCAAUAAAGAUAAUUCAAAAUCACGCGCAUGCGUGUUGAGAACCCAUUCAAUCUUCAGCGGCGUGAGCACAACGUCGAGGUGGGGCUUGGCUGGGGUCUCUACAGUGUUUACUUUGCCCACUGUUUGAGUACUUCGAGUAUUUGACAACCCUGCAAAGAUGGAUUUCCAGCACCGAGCUGGGGGCAAGACGGGGAGUGGUGGGGUCGCCUCCACCUCUGAAAGCAACCGAGAUAGGCGAGAACGGCUGCGCCAGUUGGCUCUGGAGACCAUUGACAUCAACAAAGAUCCAUAUUUUAUGAAAAAUCACUUGGGCUCAUACGAGUGCAAACUUUGUCUAACUCUUCACAAUAAUGAGGGCAGCUAUUUAGCUCACACUCAAGGAAAGAAACAUCAGACGAACUUGGCAAGAAGGGCGGCUAAAGAGGCAAAAGAAGCUCCUGCUCAGCCAGCUCCGGAGAAGGUGAAAGUUGAGGUUAAGAAGUUUGUAAAGAUUGGACGACCUGGAUACAAAGUCACCAAACAGAGAGAUCCAGAGAGUGCUCAGCAGUCCCUGCUCUUCCAGAUCGACUACCCGGAGAUAGCUGAAGGGAUCGGACCCAGACAUCGCUUCAUGUCUGCUUAUGAACAGAGAAUCGAGCCGCCAGAUCGCCGCUGGCAGUACCUCCUUCUAGCUGCAGAGCCAUAUGAAACCAUCGCCUUCAAGGUUCCCAGCAGAGAAAUUGAUAAGGCAGAGAACCGCUUCUGGACCCAUUGGAACAAAGAAACCAAACAGUUCUUCUUACAAUUCCAUUUCAAAAUGGAGAAAUCCAUCUCUCAGUCCAGUGGGCCGGUGCCCCCAGCAAACAUUAAACGGCCUCCUCCGCUCAUGAGUGGGAUGGGCCCUCGUCCGCCAAACGAGCCUAUGCCGCCACCCCCGCCAGGGGGGAUGUCUCAUCCUCCUCUCCCUCCCGGUGCUCCAGGCGGUCCCCAGAUGCCCCCCCAGAUGCCCCCUCAGAUGCCCAUGCCUCCCAUGCCAAUGAGGCCCCCUCCCCCAGACGGUCUCUCCAUGGCUAACUGACGGAGCGGUUGCCUUAUUAGGAUUGUGAUAGCCCCCCUCGUUUGACGUUGCCAUUCCCUGCUGUCUUGGUUCGGAAGUUCGAUACUUUAUUGGAGAAAUUUGAGUUCUUAUGAUUAUAUUCCAGCUCUACCACCUUUGUGGUAGAAGUCUGUGACGGUAAUGUGAUGGCGACAGUAUCAAUGUUUGGUCCGAAUGUGGACGCUCUGGUUUAAGGGCCAGCCCUUUCGAUUUAACAUGCUUUUUAAUAUGUUUUUUUCGUAAUUAAAUAUUUUAAAACAAAGUAUAGGUGUUGUGUUGCGUCAUUGAUAGACAAGUAAACUUCAACAAAUAGCAAUUCCAUUGCCUUUUAAUGAAUAUCAAGAUCAGCUCCUUAGGACUUUUUUUAUGUAGUCUAUUGGAAAAUGACUGAAUAGCUGUUGAAAUUGAUGAAAUAAUUUUAUAGUAGUAACGUAUGAGAAAUCAGUUACUCAUCUAUCAACCAGGCUCUCCAUAAGAUAUCUAGACCUGUUAUGUAAAAAUCUGGUUUUGUGUGGAUAUAAUGCAAGACAUGUUAUGUCAAUGGAAUGUACUACACUUUUCACUUUUUAUGUUGAGUAUUUUUAUUUCAAUUUCCAAGUGUAACAUCAUAUUCCAGAUUGUUGUCCUAUUAUCUUGGCAUCAGACAGCUUUAUUUGUGGCAGACUUUCAAAAGAUUUUGUGGAACAGUAUGAUACUCAAAAUCAAUGGUUUCGUGUAGAGGCCAAGAUGUUGGCAAAAAUACUGUUAAUGGCAAUAUAACAAUGCCAAGGAUCGAUUUCAUGUUAACCCUGGUGGCCUUCAGUCUUCUUUCUUCAUCUGGCCUCUGCUCUUAACAGGUAUGUCCCCGUCUCCCUCUACCUCGUCCACAUCACCCUCCUCUGUCUCCUCGAGGCUAUUCGUCUCCUUUAGCUUGUUCUUGACGUCAACCUUCUCUGAGUCAUCUCUUGUCCUCUUUCUUCUCCUGUCCUUUAAUUUGUUUUCUCUUGGUUUCAUGAGAUUUUCUAGCAGCGGUCUGUUCCUGUGGCUUCUUGAAAUUUUGUCCGCCGCUCUUCUCUUUGACCUCCCUCUAUUGAUUUUGCCGCUUUCCUCGUCUUCAUCUGUCAAGUCUGGCAUCCACCAAAACACGACUUCCCAUAGAGACGACUGAGGCUGGGUCUGAGGGAUCAGUGGGGAAAAUUUCAACAUGAGUAUUUCAAUGCUGUUAUUCACUGUAGCAAUUAUAAGUUCUGCUGAGAAUCCAAUUUUUAUUUAUCCAUAGUCGCUGAAGAGAUUGACUGCUUUAUCAGCUAGAGUCUUAAGAUAUAUAUAUAUAUAUAUAUAUAUAUAUAUAUAUAUAUAUACAUAAAAUAACUCCCAUUCCUCAUUUCAAUGGAUACUGAAAUAUCGUUACAGACAAAACAUGGUUCAAUCUGAUUAUUUAAUGUUCUUACCUCUGAUAUCGCUCUGUGUUUCAAAGCCCCCAGGCGCCUCGUAAGUCCAGACUCCUCCUCAUGUGUUGCAUGAUGCCCACCCAAAGCUUCUGUUAGAAACCCAUCACAUUAAUCCCAGCACUGUCCCCUGAAUGCCCUGGGAUCCAGCUGUAACAUUUGAUUAGUGAGACUAAAGUGUGUGGUACAAUUGAUAGUUCACUCGCCAUGCAGCUUACGGAGCCCGGAGGAGAGCAGCAGUAUCACGACGGCCACGAACAGACAGCGGUUCAGGGUGAUGCUCUCCCACGGCGUGUCUGUCUGGGUCAGGUUGUGCGUGGAGGUUGACUUAUGGAGAGGCGCUGAAGGAGAGAGAGAGAGACACACACAACAAAAGAGAUGAAAGCGUUUUAUAAAUAAUUUGAGCGAUUUGGGGGCAGGUGAUGGAGGAAGAGAUGACGAAAGGAAGUUGAGACUCACAGGAUCGAGGGGUGCUGGGGUCCCGGGGAUGAGCCCGGGGUACUGGCUGUGGUUGAUGUUGUGUAAGUGAAGCUCCGCUCUGCUGAAAGUAGGUCGUUGGUGUUCUAAAAGUGUUUGCUUUUCACUAACAUGAAUAAAGGCCAUA